UUAUAGUAUUGCCCCAUGGGCUUCAUACAACAAGUGUUUCUAAAAAAUAAAGAAAAACUCUGAAAUGGAUUAGGUUGGAUUAGGUUGAUCGUACGGUCUGACACCCGUACGAUUGGCAGGACGUUAUCGACGCGUGGCAAUCGCGUAACGGAUCUCCCGGACCAACGGCCACGAUCAAACGGACUAACGACCAUGAUCAACUCGGCUAUGGGAAAAUCGGACCAAACGAUGUUCUUCCCCUUCCUCGGUUCGAGCACUCCCCCGAUCCAGAAAGUAAGUCUUCAUACCCGUGUUGAUUUCUUUCUUCCCUCGGCCACCGGUCUUACCGGCCUAACAUAUAUCCGACUUUUACCGUAUACAAAUAUAAGUUUUGAGUUUUCCUUCACUGAACUAUAUAAGACGGCAUGAUUCAGCUCUGAGGCUUUAUUCUAUUGUGCAUCUCUUCCUUCCACCCAAUAAAACUCUAUAAUACUUCUAUGAAUUUUUUAAAGUUUGGGUUGUCCGAUUGAGGAUUGUCCAUAUUAAGGCCCCCAUAUGGCAUUAUUUAACCCUUGGCAACCACAAUGACUACUCAAGGCACGCCUCGUAGAACUAGGACAAACUUCAUAAGAAUUUGACUUCAAAAAGAAAAAUCAUUUUAAAUAUUCACAUUAUUAGUCUCUAUGUUACCCAAUCAAGAAAAUAUUAAAUACUCCUAGGACACUAAUCUCGACCAUUCUACCACUAUGACGACAAUUCCACAUAGGAUGCCCCCUAACCUUCAUUUGUCCUCUCCACUAAGAUGUCGACUAAUCAUUAUAUUUUACAAAACAAAUGAAUAAAUUACAUGAUUAAUUAAAUUCACGGAGUCGAAGAGAUUGUCACCAUAUAAACAAAGCCAUUGAUUUCAACAAUUAAAGAUAUAGUGGCUAGGUACAAAGAAAACAUACAGCUUAUUCUUGUACAUGUAACGUUGAUGGAAAGUCAUAGGGAUUUGCCCACAAAAGCCAUCAGUUUUUGUUUACUUCCAUCAGAGCUCAUCCAAUAUAUAAUCCUUCAGCUUGCCUUGCCAGAAAUUAUCCGAUUGAAAUCUGUCAAUAAGUCCAUUUUCUCUAUUAUUUCUGAUCGUGAUUUCAUUCGCGACUACAAUCAUCAAUCAAGCUCUGCCACGUGGCUAUUCCUCUACAAGAAAAGGUGGCGUCGCGAAGCCGUACUUUACGGCUUCGCAGAUAGUUCCAACAGGUGGUUCAACAUAUUGAUUGCUGAUUUGUUGAAACAAGUGGUUCCACCAGGUGAAGAUGUCUACUUUUUGACUGCAGCUGGUAAUAUAUUCCUUUUUGCUUUGAAUAACAGACAGGAAGUUAUUUCAGUUGAUAUUAUGACUAGGAUGGUCAAAAAGAUCCCUCCAAGUCCAUUAGGUCCACGUGGUACAUCUUCGUGGCGAAGAUCCGGUAUGAAAUUACUGUCUAAUAAUUCCGAGCAUUUUCGAUUUUUUUUUGCUGAAUUACAUGAAAGUCAUCCAACUUUAUUCGAGUAUGAUUCAAGAGUUGAGAGAUGGAAAUUUACCCAGGCAAUAGAGAUUACCCAAGGCCAAGACAUGCGAGGUGAUUUUAUUUUCCUUAGUGCAUCUAAUGGACGAAAUGGAAGUGUUAUCAUAGGCGUGCGACCUCAAUGCAACAGCAGUACUCCAGUUGUUAUCCGACCAACAUUCAUCCCACGAGGGAACGACGAAGACAGAUUAGCCGUUGGAUUUAGUUGGGGGAAUGCCAUCGAUCUAUUACACGUGUACGGUGAUGGAAAUAUGAUGACUAUUAGAUCGGACAAAGUGAAUAAAACAAUUAGAAAGAUUAAGGGAAUAGAGUUAUGGGGGUUGAGCACAAAUGGGAGGUAUUGGGAAUUCGUAUCAAUGGUGCCAAAUGAGUUAAUUGAUAAAAUAAGCAAGCCAUAUGGUGCUAUGAUGGGGUGUAUGCAAAAAACUCAAUGCAUAACAAGGGCAAUUUUGAUGACCAAUCUUGAGGGUACAUGGGAAACAAUUUGGUUAAGCUAUGACAAAAAGGACUACCAGUGGGCGUGGCUUCCAUUACCUGAUUGCAACAUGAAGGGCUCAAACUUGGCUGGAGUCACAUUCUCCUCUGGUUUAACCUUGUCCUAGGAUUAUCAUAUUCUAACUGCAUUUUAAAUGUCUGGUUCAACCAUACUGGAACAGUGAAACAACACCAACCCCCCCCCCCCCC